AUGCUGCUUCGAUCAGUGCUGCUCUCCACUGCUACACGAUCGAUCGGUGCUCCUCUCCACUGCUACACGAUCGAUUUGGUGCUGCUCUCCAUUGCUGCUCUCCACUGCUACACGAUCGGUGCUGUUCUCCACUGCUACACUCCAAGGCUUCGAGUUUUUCGCUACUUCUACACCAUUGUUGUUGCUGGACUGAGGGUUUGGAGGGCUGGUCUGGACUGUGGAG